UGUGUACAGAGUAGCCUGGGAAUAGAUCCAUCUCCACCCCUUGGGUAUAAAUAGGUCUGUGUGGCUGGCCAGGGAAUAGCUGUGCUUGUUUAGGCUGAAGCAAAAGGACACACAGAAGCAAGCACUCGGGUCAGCAAUGGCUCCCAUUGGCAUGGGCCUGAAGGCCACCAUCUUUUGCAUCCUGGCCUGGGCCAGCCUAGCAGCUGGGGACCGGGUGUACAUCCACCCCUUUCACCUGCUCUUCUACACCAAGAACAGCUGCGCCCAGCUGGAGAACCCCAGUGUGGAGACACCCCCAGAGCCGACCUUUGCACCUGUGCCCAUUCAGGCCAAGACCUCCCCCGUGGAUGAGGAGAGCCUGCGUGACCAGCUAGUGCUGGCUGUAGACAAGCUGGGGAUUGAGGACCGACUGCGGGCUAAGCAAGUUGCAAUGAUAGCCAACUUCCUGGGCUUCCGCAUGUACAAGAUGCUGAAUGAGGCAGGGGGCACAACCAGCUGGGAGAUCCUCUCCCCACCAGCUCUCUUUGGCACCCUCGUCUCUUUCUACCUUGGCUCCUCAGACCCCACAGCCAGCCAGCUUCAGGCACUACUGGGUGUUCCUGGAAAGGAAGGAGAUUGCACCUCCCGGUUGGAUGGGAAGAAGGUCCUCUCUGCCCUACAGGCCAUUCAGGGUCUGCUGGUUGCCCAGGGCAGAACCAGCAGCCAGGCACAGGUGCUGCUAUCUACAGUAGUGGGCCUGUUCACAGCCCCAGGCCUGCACCUGAAGCAGUCAUUUGUGCAGGGCCUGGCCCCCUUUGCCCCUGCCAUCUUCCCACGCUCUCUGGACUUGUCUACUGAUCUGUGUCUCGCCACCGAGAAGAUCAACAGAUUCAUGCAGGCCGUGACAGGGUGGAAGAUGAACUCGCCCCUGGCGGGGGUCAGCACAGACAGCUCGCUGCUUUUCAACACUUAUGUUCACUUCCAAGGGAAGAUGAAAGGCUUUUCCCUGGUGCCUGGACCCCAGGAGUUCUGGGUAAACAACAGCACCUCAGUGUCCACCCCCAUGCUCUCGGGCACUGGCACCUUCCAGCACUGGAGUGACCCCCAACACAACUUCUCCAUGACACGCGUGCCCCUGGGUGAGAGCACCGCCCUCCUGCUGAUCCAGCCCCACUGUACUUCAGACCUGGACAGGGUGGAAGUUCUCGUCUUCCAUCACAACCUCCUGACCUGGAUGAAGAACCUGUCCCCUCGGGCCAUCCGCCUGACCCUGCCCCAGCUGGAGCUGCGAGGAUCCUAUAACCUUCAGGACCUGCUGACCCAGGCCAAGCUGCCCACCUUGCUGGGUGCCGAUGCAAAUCUGGGCAAGAUCAGCGACACCAACCCCAGAGUGGGAGAGGUCCUCAACAGUGUCCUCCUUGAACUCAAAGCUGUCAAGGGAGAGCAGCCGACUGAGUCUGCCCAACAGUCUGGCUCACUUGAGGUGUUGGACGUGACUCUGAACAGCCCAUUCCUGUUCGCCAUCUAUGAGCGACACUCAGGUGCACUGCACUUCCUGGGCCGCGUGGAUAACCCACAGAGUGUCGCAUGAGGCCUGGCAGCCUCCUGUAGGCCUCUAAGGCUUAGCCACGGAGACAAGGCCAGUUGCAGAGGGCUAUCCUGGGUAAAAUCAGUGCUGUCACCCAGGCUUUCCACCACUCCGAGGAAGAGGCCAUCUCCUUGGUGACCUGGCACUACCCAUGAAUAAUGAGGAACAGAAUUGGCCUCCCAGGGUUUGUAUGGAGACUGGGGUAGGAGCCAGAAGCUGGUGCUCAGCACAGGACUACUGUUCUGGAAAGAAUUUGGACCCAACAACUGUUUGUGAAACCAAGACAUUCCCUUUUCAUCUGAGAACAGAAAUUGGGUUUUAACAUUAAAAUACACAUUGUCCCUUUGCUUUGGGUUUGCAUUUA